GUGUGUUUGCGUUGUCUUUAGAUCUCAGAGAUAAAAAUAAGUAUGAGUACCGUAAUGUGAUUAAUAUAAAGUUGAAAGAAAAGUGAAUGUUCAGAAAUGCAGAUUAUUUUUACGGCUGCUAAACAAUUAGCCCUGGUUGGCAAACGUGAACACAUUCAUAUCUUCAAACGGUUUUUACAAGCCAAUAAGUGGCUAAAAAAAAUAAUGCCUGGGGAAAACUUGCCACCACACAGGAAAAAUCCUGUUAUCAAAAUACUGGACACUCCAGAGUUUAAAUCAAUUUUCACACCAGAGUUGGAAACGCUGGCUGAUAUGUUUAAAAGACACAAACAUGAGUUGAGGAUUGCAGGUGGAGCCGUCAGGGACAUUCUUAUGGGCAUCAACCCAAAAGAUGUUGAUUUUGCAACAACUGCCACUCCUAAUCAAAUGAAAGAGAUGUUUGAGAAGGAAGAAGUGAGAAUGAUUAAUACUAAUGGAGAAAAGCAUGGAACAGUCACAUCCAGGAUCAAUGACAAGGAGAACUUUGAAGUUACAACACUCAGAGUUGAUGUUGCAACUGAUGGCAGACAUGCAAAUGUCGAGUUUACCACCGAUUGGCUUUUAGAUGCCAGUAGGAGGGAUCUGACAAUAAAUUCAAUGUUCUUAGAUUUGGAUGGCAAGGUGUAUGAUUACUUUUAUGGCUACGACCAUCUGAUGCAGAAAAAAGUUACCUUUGUCGGUGACCCUGCUCGAAGAAUAGAAGAGGACUUUUUGAGAAUUUUCAGGUAUUUUCGCUUUUACGGUAGAAUAGCUGAUACUCCAGAUAAUCACGAUGAACAAACAAUACAGGCUAUUAAAGAUAAUGUAGAAGGGCUUCAGAGGAUAUCAGGAGAAAGGAUGUGGACAGAGUGGAAUAGGAUUCUGCAGGGAAAUUUUUACAAAGAAAUGACAACGAUGCUGAUAGACUGCGGGUGUGCCAAGUACAUGGGUCUACCAGAGAAUCCAAACGUUGAACAUUUUUAUGAAAUCUGUAAAAAAGCAGAGGAUAACAAUGUUAAAUUGCGAUCUAUUUCACGGGCUGCCGCUUUGUUGAACAGUCAAGAGGAGGUGUUGCAGCUUUUCAUGAAACUGCGAUUUUCCAACAUAGACAGAAAUAUAGCACUUUUCAUAGUAGAGAAUCGUGAUGACGAUCUGCUGGGCGAUCGUCCGUUGAAAAAAUACCAGUCACAUGUUUUGAAAACUAUUGACAGUAUCCGCGAUCUGAGAGAAAUGAUAUGCGAAUUUUUAAGGUACAAGGGCGCUCUAAAGCUCCUCGAGGAGUUUGAAAAGUGGGACUCGUCCUUCCCCGUAAGCGGAUCGAUGUUGAAACCCUACUUGGGAAAUAAAAAUCAAUUGAUUGGAAUCAUUAUAUCGAAGCUGAAGGAUAUUUGGGUUGACAGUGAUUUCCAGAUGACGGGGGAAGAGCUGCUAAAGUACGUACCAGAAAUGGUCGAGGAUGCAGAGACUGAAUUCCAAGAGAAUCUAAAUAAACGAAAACAGAAGAAAAUGGAAUUGGGUAUGAAACAGAAAGCACUCAAGAAAUCAAAGAUGAAUUGAUCAUCCAUUUCUUACGACUGUAAACUUAUUGAAACG